AUGCUCACCCUAGAGGCUGCACAGCUUGACGGGCCACACUUCAGCUGUCUGUACCCAGAUGGAGUCUUCUAUGACCUGGACAGCUGCAAGCACUCUAGCUACCCCGACUCAGACGGGGCUCCUGAUCUAUGGAGCUACGGCCUCAGUCCAGCUGUCCCAGCCGCCUCCUAUGAAACCUUUGACCCGGCUGUGGCCACCUUCAGCCACACCCAGGGUGUCCAGCUCUGUUACGGACCCUCAACCUACAGCCCUGUGGGGAACCUGGACCCGGCCCCCAGCCUGGAGGCCCCGGGGCCUGGCUUCCCAGCAUACCCCAUGGAGGACUUCACAAGCCAGACCCUGUGUCCCCUGGCGUACGCCCCAUACCCCAGCCCCGUGCUGUCAGAGGAAGAGGACCUCCUGCUGGACAGUCCGGCCCUGGAGGUCUCGGACAGCGAGUCGGAUGAGGCCCUCAUGGCUGGCCCCGAGGGGAGGGGAUCUGAGGCAGGGGCCCGCAAGAAGCUGCGCCUGUACCAGUUCCUGCUGGGGCUGCUGACGCGCGGAGACAUGCGCGAGUGCGUGUGGUGGGUGGAGCCGGGCGCCGGGGUCUUCCAAUUCUCUUCGAAGCACAAGGAGCUCCUGGCGCGCCGCUGGGGCCAGCAGAAAGGCAACCGCAAACGCAUGACCUACCAGAAGCUGGCGCGCGCCCUGCGCAACUACGCCAAGACCGGCGAGAUCCGCAAGGUCAAGCGCAAGCUCACCUACCAGUUUGAUAGUGCGCUGCUGCCCGCCGCCCGCCGGGCCUGAGCCCGGGGCGGCCUCUCGGGGGCUCUCAGGGGCUCCACGCCUGUGUCACGUGGGCGUCCCCACACCCUAAGUCAUAGGACCCAAGGAUCCCCCGUCCUGGCUGCGGGGGCGGGGCGCUGCCACAAUCCCUAAGCCCUGCCCAGGGUCCCUCUGGGAUUCCCCCCAGUCAUGUCUGGGGCCUCUUUGGGAUUCCCUUGUCAUGUCCAGGGGCCCCAAGAUCUUCACGCCUUGGGUUGAAGGACUCAGAGACGACUAUACUUAUGUGUCUGUGUGGAGGGGCGGGGCAGGGCAGUGCUUCCAGAAUCCCAAGAGCUUCUCUGGGAUCCCCUUGUGAUGUCUGAGAUCCCUUGUGUGUCCGCGAUCUCUCAGUCUCAUCUAGGGGAGGGUGAGCCUACAGAUCAUCACACCAAGAGGGGGACUCUGCCAGCAACCCUAAGCCCUGUCCAGGGUCUUUCUGGGAUCCCCUUCUCAUGUUUGAGUCCCUCCUGUCCCAUCUGAGAUCUCCUAGUUACGUCUGGGUCCCUCUGGGAACCCUUUGCAUACAUGUCUCUGUGCCCAUCUGUGACUCUCAUUCUGUCUGUCCCCCCCCAAAUCCCUUUGUCAUCUUUGAGAUCCCCUAAUUCUCUGGAACCACCCUGCUAUCACUUGUUUAUGUCUGGAAUUCUCCUCCGAUCACAUCUACGGUGCCUCUGGGAUCCUUUUGUCAUGUCUGAAAAACCCUUGUCUGGUCUGGAGGGCGGACCUCAGUGAACCUUGUUGUAUCCGGGCCACCUCUGCGAUGCCUUUGUUUGUCUGGAAUCCUCCAGUCACAUCUGAGGCCCCUCUGGGAUCCUCAUCUGGUAUACCCUUUGGGGGACCCCACCAACAGCUCCGAGUUCUCCUGGGGACCCUCCACCUUCUGUAAUGCCCUCCCUGGGGCCAUGCUGGGGAUCAAUUCUGGCCACUCAACUGAUUUCUGGGUGACCGUGGCAGCCCUCCCCAUGU